AUCGGCAGUUGUUUCGCUGUUUCCUGUUUGCAGGAGGAGCUGGUGGAGCUGGUUCUGAGUCAGCAGCCGUCCCCGUCGAGCAGCUCCGGCCCCGAGACCCCGAGCACCCACCCGCCCUCUGUGACCUCUCGUUCGCCAGCACCUCGCAUCUCCACCUCCACUCCCGAGCCCCCCACACCUACACCAACUCCAACUCCUGACCCCCCCACUGUACACCCCGAGGCCCCGGCCCCACCCACAGAGACAGCCCCUGCUGAGCCUGACAUUCAGGAUGAAGACCAGACCUGGGACCCCGAAGAGGCCCCGGUUACCGGCCGCAGGGCGUCUCUGGCGGACCUGACCUGCCUGGAUGACAUCGAGGCGCUCAGCGUCCGGCAGCUGAAGGAAAUCCUGGCCAGGAACUUUGUGGACUACAAAGGCUGCUGUGAGAAGUGGGAGCUGAUGGAGAGAGUGAGGCGCCUGUACCAGGACCAGCAGAACCUGCUGGCGGCCAACGCUGUGAACGCUUCAGACUCGGGUGGUGUCGGCACCGGAGGUCUGGAGGAGAACCUCUGUAAGAUCUGUAUGGACUGCCCCAUCGACUGCGUGCUGCUGGAGUGCGGUCACAUGGUCACCUGCACCAAGUGUGGAAAGAGAAUGAGCGAGUGCCCCAUGUGUCGCCAGUACGUCGUCAGAGCCGUCCACGUCUUCCGGUCCUGAUCCCGGCUAAACCCAGGACCGACUGCCUCCAAAGCAAUAAACUGUAAUCAGGUCUUUCUGAAGGGAACUUGACAGAAUGGGCUUUUAUUUUGAUAACUUUAUUUUUCUAAUGGGAAAUCGAAUGUGCGGUAUGCCUGUCUGAAGACGGCGAGACCUUACCCCACCUUCAGAGCUGCUGUUUAGAUGCACACACUGAAUGUACAAACUCUCACUGCGGAGAGUUCACCGCACAUUUGUGAACUCAUCGAUUAAGAAACCGCCGUGCCUUCAUCGCCUUGUCGCCGUCUCGGUCUGACCUGCGGCCGUCAGCCUGCGCACAGCCAGGCAGGAAUCUACCAAUGCAGCAGGUGAUGACAACCAGGAAGUCCUCACAGUGCCUUCAAGUCCACGCUCGGCCUGCACUCUUAUCACAGUCAUGUUUACACUGCAAUGAGGAAGUGAAGCGGACAGCAGCCGGCCCUCAGCCUUCAGUGUAAUAACAGCAGCUUCAAUGUGUUCUAUACAGAAAAUUAAUGAUGCAUUCUUCACAUGAAACAUCUGUUCAGACAGAUUUCUAUUUUACAAAUAGUUUGCAUAAUUAACUUUUUUUUAAAGGAAAUACUCAGGGAACCAUCUUUAAAUAUCUAUUUUUGUCUGAACGGCAGCCUAAACCUGGACAGAUGUUUUUGUUACAGAAGGAACAUCUGCAGUCACGUCUCAUAUUCACUCUAAAUUUACCCUCAGUCACUGUGUCACUAACAGGAAACCACAGGAACGUGAAAACCAGUAUACUUCUAAUUACCAUUAACAGUAAAGUCCAAUCGUACACCUUCACAUACGUGACAUCAUAGCAGGAGCCAGCAGGGGGCAGCACACACAUUACCUGAACUAAACAAACUCCGAGGAUGGGACCAAAUGCACAACGUGGAGCCGGCCCGGCGCGUCCCCUGACGUCCGUGCACACACUCACGUUUCUGAAUAUUUUUAGGGCAACAAAGAAGUUCACGAUGAAGGAUUCAGACUUGGGUGGAGAAAUUUCAGGACAGCAUUCAGAGUCGCUGCUCAUCACAAGGAACAAAGUCCGGAAACCGCGAUUCCCAGCUAACAUGUUGGCAUGUAAGCACUUGCAGACUCAGUCAGAGGACAGGUUUCUUCCUGAAACACGAUUCCUGGCCUGGACCUCCAGCUCUUCAUCCUCUCUGCCUGGAAAUGACACAAACUGGAGGUUUGGGUGAAGCCGGAGCUUUAAAUGUUUUAGCAGGUUUACUGGAAACAGCAGAGGCCCUGAAACGCUUCCAUGAGGGACUCCUUAUUAGAGACAGAGGAAGACUGUUUGUGUGUUAUUGAGCUUUUAGACUUUUUGGAUUUAAGUUGACUUUGUUUGCACUAAACUGUUGAUUUUAAACUGUUUUUCAGGGGGUUUGCAGGACGGUUUGUCCUUUUCCCAAGGUUUUUAUUCUAGUGAAAUCACUGUGUUUGAUCUUUGUUGUGAACAUUUUGGAUUCAGAUGGUGUUACUUGCUGGCCUUUAACCUGUAGCUUCUUCCUCUGUGGUGUGGUGGGAUCAUGCGAGCUCAGCUGUGGAGCUCACACUGCACUGUGGUUUCUGCCACGUUAGAAAGUCUCGUCUUCAUCGCAGCUCUGAGAGCUUCUAGCUGAAACUUACACAGGACCUUGUGUCUGAGCACGUGAGGCAGUGAAAGCAGCACAGCUGGGAUGUAAACCUCUAAUCCAGCUGUUUCCUCAUUAGUCCACUGGCCUCGAGCUUUUUAAAAGGACACACUGUGAUCAGCCGCCUCACGUUGACCCGUCUUCACCUGUGUUGGAACCUUUAUUUACUCCGAAUGUUUCUGCAGCUGCCAGUGAGACACAUUUUUACAGAGCGACAGGAAGCUUUAUUUUUCUGAGUGAGCUUUGCUUCGUGUUCUAAUAAAACUUGAUUUUCUUUGA